AAACGCCAACCCUAACAAUUAAAACCUGAUAAUUAACAAACAACAAUUAAUUAUCCCAUCAAGAUAUAUGUUUUUUUAUAUUUCGGAUACGUUUGAGAUGUCCAAUCUUCGCUAUCCUUUGACAAUAAAAUAGUCAGGUAGCAAGGCGGCAGGUUCUAAGCUGAGGUACACGGUUUGUUUGUGUACGUACUGAGAACGGAGUACUGACUACUGACAGCGGGUGGUGUAUGUGAUGACAACGGGGCAAUGGCAAACCUGAAGACAGAGCUUGACGAGUACCUUAACAGGAACAGCAGCGAUUCCAAGCCGUUGCUGAACGGGAUCUCGGCCUCCGUUUCCAUGCCCAACGUCGGCUCCUGGUUCAAGAAGAACGAACAGUCCGAUGAAGCUGAAACAUGGUUUACCGGGGCGCAGAAAGACUGCUGUCCGACGUUGUCAAGAUUCCAGAGAAUUGUCGGUUUCUGCAUGUUCUUGGGAAUGGGAAUAUUCUGCUUUUGUAUAGCAGCUAUGUACAUACCAGUACUUCUGUUGAAGGCUAGAAAAUUCGCCCUACUUUAUACGACGGGAAGCUUUUUUACGAUAUGCAGCUUCUCUUUCCUCUGGGGGCCAAUGCACCAUUUGAGACAUUUGUUCUCAAAGGAGAGAUUUUGGUUCACAUUCUGCUACCUCGGCUCGCUUUUCCUCACGCUGUAUUUUGCUCUUUAUCAGCAGAGCACACCGUUGACGGUGCUGAGCGCUGUCGCCCAGCUAAUCGCCCUCAUAUGGUUCCUCGUGAGUUACAUUCCAGGAGGGCAUACAGGACUUCUUUUCUUUACGAAACUUUGUUCCUCAGCCGUAGCAAGUUCCGUUUCAAAAACAUUACCAGUGUAAAAAUAAAUAAAUAAAUAAAACAAAUACAUUCAAUUAUUUAUGUUUAUUGUAUAUAAGAUUUUAUUUAUUUCUUAUACUACUUAAAUUGUUUGUAUUUUUUUUAAUAUGACCUACUUUGUUGCUAUUAUUUGCACUAUUUUGAAAUAAAUGUUUGGAAAAUGUGUACUGAGAUCAGUUGAAUAGUGGGUCUAAUUAUUGUUGUACAAAUCAUAUUUAUGACGCAUUAAACAUUAUGCCUGUGAUAAGAAUUUCCAUUUCUAAAAUAAUUGUAAAUUGUAAUCUAAUAAAUAAAAAUACAUAAACAUA